UCGAAUCCCGUUACUCUGCUUCGUUGACGCAUCCGAACCCUCGACCCUCAAUCUUCCGCUCUCCAAAGCCAUUUUUUGCGAUCUUCCACUCAGUGGCCGGAGAACGCUUGGUCAAGGAUUACCGCCCAGAUGUCCGUUCCGACAAUCGCGCUCUACUCAACCCCGUCGAGCGGCCUCUGCUCGUCUCCUUACGAUUUCCGAUCACCGGAGUGUGAGUUCAAUCCCUAUGGACAUAAGCCGGCAAUCAUCGGCGGGCUUUCCUGCCUCUUCUCCCCUUCUUCUCCCUUCCGCUUAUCCCCCGCGGUCGCCUUCGAAGAGCUUCGGCACGAUCGAACUGAGUCCUACACCACGUGUACAUCGUCAUCUUCCUAUAAUAAAUGCCGUGAUCAGAGCCCUAUCUCUGUUUUCCACGGACCGAUAUCGUGCAGCGGGAGUGCGGUGAGUUCCGCGAGGAGUCCUUCUUUGUUGAGAGUCCCUCGCGAUUGGAAUUUGAGCGAUGUGAGGAUGGGAAGGGAUGGUUUGUUUAAUGGCUUCGUUGGCAACGCGCUGGGUUCUUGUUUGGAUUACACUUCUCCCUGUGUUCCUUUGCGUGACAACUUUGAUGUGGAAGAUCUGACCUUUAACCUGGAGGAGAGUUUUGCUGAGGUCCAACCCGGCUGUGAGUCCUAUGCUAUUGAAUUGCUCUCCAGGGCUCAAUCAAGACAUAAAAUCUUCAAUGAAGAGAUUGUGUCUAAGGCGUUUUUUGAAGCAGAGAAAGCUCACAGGGGGCAGAUGAGGAUGAAUGGUGAUCCAUACCUGCAACAUUGCGUGGAAACUGCUGUUUUGUUAGCUAAAAUUGGGGCUAAUUCAACUGUUGUGGCUGCUGGACUUUUACAUGAUACGCUAGAUGAUUCUUUUAUGGAUUAUGAUUAUAUUUUACAAAAUUUUGGAGCUGCUGUAGCUGAUCUUGUUGAAGAGGUUUCAAACCUUAGCCAACUAAGUAAGCUUGCACGGGAAAACAAUACUGCAAGUAGAACAGUAGAGGCUGAUAGAUUACACACAAUAUUUCUCGCAAUGGCAGAUGCAAGAGCUGUUCUUAUAAAACUUGCUGAUAGGCUUCAUAAUAUGAUGACCUUGGAAGCUUUGCCAGUGGCCAAGCAACAGAGGUUUGCAAAAGAAACUCUGGAGAUAUUUGCUCCUUUGGCAAACCGUUUGGGUAUUUCAAAUUGGAAGGAGCAAUUAGAAAACCUUUGCUUCAAGUAUCUCCAUCCACAGCAGCAUAAGGAGCUAUCUUGCAAACUCCUCCAGUGUUUUGAUGAAACAAAUAUCACAUCUUCCAAACAAAAGUUAGAGCAAGCUCUCAAGAAUGCAGGUCUCUCAUAUCAUGUUAUUUCUGGGAGACAUAAGAGCUUGUUCAGCACUUACUCCAAGAUGAUCAAGAAGAAGCUGGCUAUGGAUGAGAUCCAUGACAUUCAUGGACUAAGAUUGAUAGUUGAUAAAGAGGAGGAUUGCUAUAAGGCACUAGACAUUGUUCAUCAGCUAUGGCCUGAAGCUUUGGGCAGACUCAAAGACUAUAUUGCUCAUCCCAAAUUUAAUGGGUAUCGAUCCCUACACACUGUUGUCAUUAGUGAAGAUAAGCUACCACUGGAGGUUCAGAUUCGAACCAAAGAGAUGCACCUCCAGGCAGAAUUUGGAUUUGCUGCUCAUUGGAGAUAUAAGGAGGAUGACUGUCAGCAUUCCUCUUUUGUUCUCCAAAUGGUGGAAUGGGCCAGAUGGGUUGUGACAUGGCAAUGUGAGAUGGCCGAUGUCGAAAAACCAUCAUCCUUUGAUGAUGGUCAUUCGAUAAGGUCAUCAUGCCCUUUUCCUUCACAUUAUGAUGACUGCCCUUACUCUUACAGUGACACUCAUCAAUGCGAUCAUGAUGGACCAAUCUUCAUCAUCAUGCUGGAAAAUGAGAAGAUGUCUGUCCAGGAGUUUGCACCAAACUCAACUGUAAUGGAUCUUCUGGAAAGAUCUGGAAGAGGGAAUCAAAGAGACCAACCUUACAGCUUUGCGAUGAAGGAAGAACUGAGGCCAAGGCUGAAUCGUAAACCUGUUAAUGAUCCUAACCAGAAACUGAGAAUGGGAGAUGUUGUUGAGCUAACACCAGCCAUUCCUGACAAAUCUCUCAAAGAGUACAGGAAAGAACUUAAGCGCAUGUACGAUCAUGGCCUAACAAUAUCAGCUGCAAGACCCCUCAGAAGCUAACACAAACUACAACUACAUUAAGAAAGCUAUCCAUUUCUCUGUAAAUAUGAAUGAACUUGUACAUAAUUGCAUCGAAGUGUUGGAAUUAAGAUGCUGGGAUUUGAAAGGCUGAUUUCUACUGCAGAUCCCACAGGUAAUUUUCAUAUUUUAGGCUGGUUCAGUGUUGUACAACUCAAAACACUGUGAGUGUUUGAGCUGGUUGGCUCACAACUGUGUGUAUUUUAUUUGUUGAACAAGGAAUUGCAUAGAUUAUGUGACCUUGAAUUACUAUAAA